GUCUGUUUUCAAACUUGGCGGAGACAUCGGCGCUAGACAUUAACGGUGCUUGAAAUUUAGUGAAUUAAUCACGUUUGUCCACAUUGAAUUGUUUUUCUGAUGGAUUUAGACGGUGGCACAUACGAGCCAGGAUUUGUUGGCAUACGGUUUUGUCAAGAAUGUAACAACAUGUUGUAUCCCAAAGAAGACAAGGAGAACCGCAUCUUGCUGUACGCCUGCAGGAACUGUGACUACCAGCAAGAGGCUGACAACAGCUGCAUCUAUGUCAAUAAAAUCACCCACGAGGUUGAUGAACUGACACAAAUCAUCGCUGACGUGUCUCAGGAUCCAACACUGCCAAGAACAGAGGACCACCCCUGUCCUAAAUGUGGUCACAAGGAGGCAGUGUUCUUCCAGUCUCACAGUAUGAAGGCUGAGGAUGCUAUGCGACUGUACUACGUGUGCACGGCGCCUCAUUGUGGACACCGGUGGACAGAAUGAAACCUUCUGAUGAUGAACUGGUCUAACAUGUUGCUGUUUGCGAGUCAGUGUGUGUCUACGGUGAAUGCGUUAGAAUGCAGUUGGCUUAAUGAAACAGUAGCACUGCUGGACCCCUCUGUUGUCUUUGUACAGAGACUAGUAUCUGUCACCAUGUUGUGAAUAUAAUUUCAUAGUUUUCAUUGUUUUUGCUUUUUUUUUAGCAUUUGUCAUUUUCUAAUGUAUAUUGUUAGAUUAAAACAUGUUUCCAAA